AGUGGCAUUAACGUGUCCAUCCGCCUUCUGUUUCCAGUGUACAUCUGUCGAUCUUUUCAUUUCUUUUUUGUUCAAACGAGCGUGUUCAUGCAUGAUUAGCGAAAGUACACCGCUGGUGGGCAGCUCUUCGCCGUUGACCUACACCCCGCAGUAUCGGCGGUGGGAUGGCGAUGGCAACGAACCCUUUGCGCACGCCUCGGACGCCCCUGCGCAGCGCCUGCGAGAGUAUUACAACUCUGUCUUUGUUGCCGGUGGGGUCGAGAUUGCGUUACGAGAUGUCGCCGUAGUGCGAAGCUCUGUAUUUCACCAUUGUCUCCCGAUACUUUGUUCCGCACGUAUUUGCUGCCAGUGCGUGUCGGCGAGGUUCAGCAGGGGAGGGUUUCAUUUGGUCACCGAUUUGGACGGAACUGCUGGGGCGGCGUUGCUGGAUGCCAUAGCAGGACGGACGGUAUGUGCGUCCGGCGACAUCUGGAUCGACGGCAUAGCAGCAGAGCAGCGCGAUCGACGACACCUCAUCGCAUCUAUUGGAAUGGGAUUGCUGCUGAUUCCUCAGCUGUCCGUCGAGGACCAUCUGUGGUGCAUGGUGCACCUACACAAAAAGGAGCGGCGCAGCUGGAAGCGUGAAACGGUGCUUGCGGCCUCAAACUUCACUAACAUUGACAUCCGCCGGAGAAUCUACGACCUCACGGAAAUGGAAAAGUUCCGCUUGCAGGUCGCGUUGGAGCUGGUGCUGGAUCCACCAGCUCUCUUGCUCUGUUACUCUUUCGACUCGAUGAGUUUGGCACAACAGAUGGAAGGCACCGAGCUUCUCUGCCGACUGACGCGGGAGAUCAGAAAAACCGUCGUGCUGAGUACACGUUCCCUUCCCAUGCAUAUGUUCUCCGCCGCCGAAUCCCUUCUCCUCUUCGGGUCAAAGGGACGCGUGCUCUACUCUGGAAGGUGCAAGGACGCCCUUUCGUACUUCAAUCGCCUCCGAAUCCCAUCCAGCAUUCCCGAGCCUCUAUGGAAGGCGGUCUUGACGCCUACGCGAGACGUUCCAGCCGUCGGGAACGACGCAAGCACGUCUUUUCCGACUGCAUCGCCGCUCACGGUGGCUUCCGUCAAGUCGUCCGUGCAGAGAGACCGUUCAAGGCCAGAGACUCGUGUGUAUGCGGCCAUGUGCACUCCACCGCGGCUUUCUUCCCGCCUUGCACCCGCGUACUUUCGCGACGAUUUCGCGCAGCUUCUCGUGACGUCAGCGACGAACGCAUCAUCAACGCCGGUGGCGGUGGUGGAGGUUUCCACCAGCGGCGACCUGGUGGACCUGGCGGCGGAGUGGGCGGACAGCGAAGUACAAACGAUGUACUACGCCGCAAAAUACUACGACUCUUCCGUUCGUGCCGUUCUGGUCAAUUCCGUGGAAAGCGGCAUUGCUCACACGCCGCCAUCGUCGAUUGUGCUCACGGCAACGCUGCCGCAGACAGCUCCGAACAGCUUAUGGAAAUUUUGCAUACUGCUGUUGUACUCUCUAAAGCACAUCACGGCGGAUGCCGAGCUGGUGGCGGGAGUUUUAUGCAUGUCCGUUGGACUGAUCUUGGUAGCCGUACUAACGCAUUUGCAACCGGAGAAUCAGGGUGGGAUGUACAACAUUCGCGGCCUCAUUUUUGCAGCCUUCACCCUAGUCUUUUUCACCAAUUUGGUGACAAUGGACCGCGCUGGUGAUCAGCUGCGCAUUGCGGUUAUCCAUUGCAAGCGGCAGCUUUAUGGAGUAGUGGGCUUUGCUCUCUGCCUGGCUCUUCGCAUUGCGCUGAUCCGCUCCGUCUACUUAGUUCUGUUCUUUCCAUUUGUCGUAUUUGUGCUCAAGUCGUCAUAUGCUUUAGCUUUGCUGGCGUGGGCUGUGGGCUGCACCCACGCAGCCUUCCAGUACGUGGCGGCCGCCGUCCUUCCAUCGCGGUUGUGGACUGUGCGGGUGUGUUAUGCGGUAUUUGGGUACAACAUCAUCUUCUCUGGCUUUUUGUUGAACCUGCACACCAUUCCUUUGCUUUUUACCCGUCUCAGUUUCCUUCGCUUGGGGUACGGCGCGGUGUUGCACACGUGGUUGCACGGGAACAAAUUUCAAUGCGACGGGGUAAACAACACGUCAUAUUGCUACACCGGCGACGAGUACUUGGCGGUGCAUGGGCUGGAAGAUGAUUCAGUGGGGACUGCUUCUGUCGUUCUUGCUCUGUACAGCGUCGGAUUGAUGACAUUGCUGGGGUGCAUCCUGUAUUUGAAAGCUCUGUGA